UUUCACAGACGCACGCACAGACACGGCGGGUAAACGUGGGGGGCAUCUUCUUUCACGCGUUAGUGCGGUGUAAUUUUAACUCAGUGUCAAGCUGCGCCGUAAAGAACGACGAGCAUAUUUUAUUUAUUGUUUUCCCCCCUGAACAUAUAACAGCAGUUCAGCUAUGGCAGACCCGGAUUAUAAUUUUUUACUCGCGACGGAUUCAUACAAGAUCACACACUACAAGCAGUAUCCUCCAGAACUCAACAAAGUCUAUUCGUACUUCGAGUGCCGGCGCAAGAAAGGAGCUCAGUUCAACGAAGUGGUGUUUUUCGGCCUGCAGUAUCUCCUGAAGAAAUACAUCGCAGGCCGCGUCGUCACAGAGGAGAAGAUCCAGGAGGCGAAAGUGUUUUAUCAGAUGCACUUCAAGCAGUCCGUGUUUGACGAAGAGGGUUGGAGGAAACUGCUGGAGAGAUACGAUGGCCGUCUCCCGAUCCGCAUCAAAGCCGUUCCUGAGGGGAAGAUUAUUCCCAGGGGAAACGUCCUGUUCACUGUGGAGAACACAGACCCCGACUUCCACUGGCUCACCAAUUACAUCGAGACCAUGCUGGUCCAAAUGUGGUACCCCAUCACCGUGGCAACCAUCUCCCGGGAGUUCAAAAAGAUCCUUGCCAAGCAUCUGAAGGCAACAUCGGGAAGUUUGGAAGGGUUGGAGUUCAAACUGCAUGAUUUCGGCUACCGAGGAGUCUCCUCUCAGGAGUCGGCAGCGCUGGGCGGAGCCGCUCACUUGGUGAACUUUUCCAGCACGGAUACAGUGGCUGGAAUCCUCAUGGCUCAGCGCUACUACAACUGCCCCAUGGCUGGUUACUCCAUACCUGCUGCUGAGCACAGUACCAUCAUUUCCUGGGGUCGGAACAGAGAGAAAGAGGCGUAUGAGUACCUGCUUGAGCAGUUCCCCUCAGGCCCCGUGGCGGUGGUUAGCGAUAGCUACGACAUCUUCAAGGCCUGCCGGCACAUCUGGGGGAACAAGCUGAAGGAGCGGGUGAUGGAGCGCAGCGAAGACUCCGCCCUGGUCAUCCGGCCUGACUCGGGAGACCCCACAGAGACGCUGCUGGAGGUGAUACGGAUUUUAGAGGAGUGUUUUAGCUGUUCUCUGAACUCUGUAGGCUAUAAAGUGCUUCCAUCAUACGUGCGCAUCAUUCAGGGAGACGGGAUCGAUCUGUGCUCAGUCGACAAGAUCCUAAAGAAGCUCAACGACGAGGGCUGGAGCGCGGAGAACGUGUUCUUCGGCUGUGGAAGCGCCCUGCUGCAGAAGAUCAACAGAGACACGCUCAACUGUGCCUUUAAAUGCAGUUACGUGGAGAGCAGUGGCAAGGGGAUGGACGUGUAUAAGCAGCCAGUGACCGACCCGUCUAAAGGAUCGAAGCGCGGUCGUCUGUCACUGAGGAGAAACUCAGACGGGUUCAUAGAGACGGUGGAGCAGGGGGCAGGCAAACCAGAGGAGGACAUGCUUGUGACAGUAUUCGAGAACGGGACCAUCCUUAAGGAGUACUCUCUGGACGAGAUCCGGAAGAACGCUCGGCUCUGGGAGGAGGAGCUGAGCCCGGCGCAGCACAACCACGACCACAGCACUACGCUGGACAUCCACCAGGAACACAUCAUGAACGGCUUGCACUAAUCACGACACCGCCCUCUCACCAAUGGACCAAUCCAUCCCCUCCUUCCUUCCUGUCAGACUCCAUCCACCCUCCCCCCACCUCACGCUCCACCCCCAUUCCUUUUCCCAUUCCCGACACGCCUUCAGCGUCCCUUCAGCCAGCGCAGACGAGGUUCAUCUGGUGUGGAGUGACGGAUCACAGGGACGUUCGAUUUAUUUUUUUGUUUUGUUUUUUAGAUCAGCAGUGUUAAAUCAGGGUGUUUUUUUUUUUCCACAUCUGUUUUGGAAUCGCUGAAAUCUACCAAAACCUCUGAACAUCAGUAUGUAUUCACAUUGGAGUGUUGUGUGUGUGCAGUGGUGGAAAAAAAAAAUCGACCUCUCAACUUAAAUCCUUCCGCCGGCGAAAAUUAGCACUAAAUUAAAUCGUUAAUUGUUUUUUUUUUUUCCUUUUUUUUUUUUUCCAAACACAGGAAGUGCUCGUGUAGUGUAAAUAGAUCCAGUUAAUCAAAUAGUUCUGUCAUUUAAAAAAACCUAGUAUUCCAUAUCUGCUUUUUCCACCACUGUCUAUUCUUCACCAAAUGCCAAAUAUCACUGUGGUGCAUAUAAAAGAUGCACCAUUAGUGUAUUAUCGGCAGGGCUUUUUUUUUUUGUUUCCUCAGAUUUUCACAUGGUUCUGUUGAAGUUUAGUGAUGAAAUGAAAGAAACUGAGGUCGUAAACUCCGGGUCGUAAACAGUUUCCUUUAUGCAGAUUUUUUAAAAACUAAUAAUAAAGACAAUACAGCCUAUGCACCUGUGAUAGGAGCGAUACGAAAUGCAUACAAUAUGCAUUUCGGAUACGCAGAUAGCCGCACAUUUGCGUCGUUUAGAAUCUGAUUUUGUUCUUCGUCGGGGUUUGUUGAAUGAUCAUUCUUGAACUAGCAACUCAAGGUGACGAAUCCAACUGUCUCUGGAUCACUUGUUAAUUGGGGGUUGCUAAGCAUCAAACAUGGCUGCGCUCGCCAUUUCGGCGGAUUAAUGCUGCAUAAUUAUUUCUAUAAGGCCACAUAUGUCCUUUUUAAACAGUUAUGACGCAUUCAUAAGGCUUUCUAUUUAGUGUUUAUGAAAAUGCACAUGCACAGUGUCUUUUCUUUUUUUUUUUUUUUAAAUAUAAUUUUUAUCUUUUUUUUUUUGAAGCUCACCACAAAUUUUUUGUCCAUUUUUUUUGACACCACAAAGAACUUUUUUUUUUUUCUUUUUCUUUUUUUUUUAUUCAAUUUUUGCCCAUUUCUUUUAGUACUCACCACUAAGGACAUCUUUCUUCUUUUUUUAUUUUAUACAUUUUUUCCAUUUAUUUUUUUGUUGAUUUGUUUUUUUUGUUAGAACUC